UUUCAGUCUUAAUUCGAUCGUUGACCGUUUCUUUCUCCUUUCAAAAUGUGUCAAAAGUUGGUAACGUUAAUCUGUUAUUUGUUGACGGUGUAAAAUGAGGGGAUUGAAAGUGAGAACUGAGACAACAUGUGUGGCUAAAAAUGUAAUUAACCUCAAAACACAGCACAGCACAACUGUAAUACACACAAGCUACUUCUUUAUGUUAGGGUUUUCCUCUCUCUCUGUAUCGAAUUUUCGAAGAACUAGAGAUCGGUUUUCGCGUUUGAUUUUCUAAUUCAAAGAGUUUCUUGGAAGCACAUGCCUGUUGAGUUUUGCUAGUUUAGUCUGGCUUGAAGAUGCUUGGGAGAGGGAAUUACGCCAAUAAUCCUUCAUUUCAGUAUACGUAUUCAUCUGAUGAAUAUACGAGUAUUCUUCAAACUCAAGUGCACAAAGAAAAGAGUGAACCUGAAUUGAACUCAGCUGGUGCAGAUUCCGACAUUGAUAUGGAAGAUGAUAUCACUCACCCUGAUGAAGCGGGAAAGAGUUGCUUAUCUAAUAAUACAAAUGUUGAGCGCGUUUCAAUACCUCAAGCACCUUUUAUGGCGAGCGCGUUUCAAUACCAAAGAGGAGCUGAUGACUCGGGCAUGAGAGAAACUGGACGAAACGAACACCCCUUCCAUGUCAGCGUAAAGGAAUCUGCUCAGGGCUUUGAUUCAAACAGUACUUCAGAAAAAAAUGAUGCUGAAAAUAUUCUCGGAGAUGUUAUCCCUCCAUCUAUAAAUGAUGAAUCUAUAAAUAAGCAUAGGCUCUCCAAACCUGCAGCUGAAUAUCCAAAGAAUGCGAGGGAAGCUGAGAAAUCAACGAGGAUAGUUGACGAAUUUUCUGAUAAAAGACAUAGAGGUAAAGAUUCUGUCAGUGACGGUUCUCUUGUGGCAUUUCAAUCAAAGGGUUUGUCAAGGAAUUGUGAUGCUAAUAUUGGUCUUGAUGGUGCUAAUUUCCAUAAGCCAGAUACGAAGAGUAAUUCCACUAAACCGAAUUUAGACGAGUUUGGAAGAUUGGUUAAAGAACAUGCUAGUGACAGCGACACAAGUAAUUCACCUCAUUAUACAAGGAAACACGAACGAAGAGCCAUAAAAAGGAAUACCCGUCAAAGCAGAAGCCGAUCUCGAUCUCCUCAUAGGAGGAGAAGAAGUCCAUCGAGGAGAAAAGAGAGGCGCCGUCGAUCUCGCAGCUCGUCUCCAGUGAGACGAAGAAGUAGGAGUAGGUCACCUGUUUCGAGGCGUGAUAGUGAGUUCAGUGGAGAUAAGCGGAGACUGGAGAAGGGUCAACUUGUUCCAGAAUGUUUAGACUUUUUCCGAGGCAAGUGUCAUCGUGGAGCUGCGUGUCGGUAUUCACACCAUGAGUCUGACAAGGGUGAGAGAUCGAGGCACAACAGGGGCAAACAGCAUACUUUAUCCAGUUCGGAUUUUCACGAGGAGAGUAAGGUUUUCUCCGACAAUGAACUGAAGAAUAAAUGGUCAAAACUUCCUCACGGUUUAAAGGAAGUGGAAGAUGCGAAGGAACCUACAGUCGAUUCUACGGCCUAUUCUCCUGAUAAAUCAAGUAGUCUGAAACCUGGUUCUCUACUUGCCAAUUGUGCAGUUAGUGAUUUUCAUGACACGCCCUCAGUAAAACAAGAUUCUGUAGUUCUAGAACCUCCAUCACAGUACUCUGACGAUAAUACCCCUCAAAUCAUUGAUCAACAAGGUACAAGGAUAGAUGAUUCUUUAAUCACUGAUUCUGCCACUGAACAAGUUCCAUCCCAGUCUUUGAAGGAGUUUCCCCCGUCAGUUGCUAAUCAUCCUUCGGAGUUGGCCCUUCCUUUGCCUCCAGUCUCUCAGGUGACAAGUGCCCCGUUUCCUCAAACAAUCACACAAGAUCACAACACGAUGCUACCUUUUUCAAGGUUCCAAUCGGCUUCUGAAACUUUUUCACUUCAUCAACCACCAGUAUUUUAUCAACAUUCCCAAUUUUCUGUGCCGUCAAACUCUUUUCUUCCACCACCACCACCACCACAACUACCACCACCACCACCACAUCUGCCGCCACCACCACAUCUGCCACCACCACCACCACCACCACACAGUCAUUUGGGUGAUGAGGUAACCACUAGAGAACAUACCGUUCUUUCGCAGCAUAUACAGCAGCCUUUACUGCAGGCAGCUGAAAUGGCUAAUCGAUCUCAGAAUGGUCAGUAUCAGGCGUACCCUUUGACGUGGGCGCCUAAUCAAAUGGUCCAUACCACAGAUAAUUUUGGAGCAAGUAAUUUGCAUGUGAGCAAUCUAACCAAUCGACAUAUGAUUGGAGGAGAACAGUUAACUAGCUAUACAGUACAGGGUAUGGGUCCUUCACAAUCAUUUGCUCAGGUCAAACCUUAUUCUUUACUGUCACAGUCACCAUCGAAGAGAGUGCAUAGUUCUCUCGUUGGAGGUCUUCCUCCAGACAGUAAUUCUUCUCACGGGCUUCCGUACUACCAACAGACUUUCAUACCUGCACAACUUGCCCAGCCUGCAAAUGUGAGUAAGCCAGAUUUUCUCGACGGGAAUCGCCCUUCUUAUGCGCACGACUUUGUGGGAUCUAAAAUUUUGAAUCAUUUCAAUCCUUAUGCAUCUUCGUCUACCUUCAAUCUACCACUGAACACCAAAUUCAGUUCGAAUAGUGAAUACAAUGCACUAGUUGAAUUUAGUUCAGUCCCCGAGCACAAGGUUGCAAGUGUUGGCUCCGAGACUAUGGUUUCCUCAUCCUUGUUACCAAGGCCAGGUGGCGGCCAGUACGAUCCGCUCUUUGAUAGCAUCGAGCCGACUUCGAAUUCGUCCACUAGACCUGAGCAUAAUAAACAACACGAAAAUACCGGUGAUCAAAGAGCAGCUUUAUCAGUCAGUGAUUCACUAGAAAACGAAGAAUACGGGGAGACAGCAGAUGCAGAGGUGGGCGCUGUCUUAAAUACAGAUGAAACUGAGAUUGAUCAGGUUAAGGUUUCUGGGAAGAAGAAGAAGGUGGUCAAGGAUUCGAGAUCGAUAAAUAGUUUUAAGAUUUCAAUUGCUGCUUUUGUGAAGGAGGUUCUAAAGCCAUCGUGGCGCGAGGGUAAUAUGAGCAAGGAGGCGUUUAAGACCAUAGUCAAGAAAACUGUCGAUAAAGUAUCUGGAGCUAUGAGGAGCCACCACAUACCUAAAUCGCAGACAAAGAUAAAUCACUACAUUGAUUCGUCAAGAGGAAAGUUGACUAAGCUCGUUAUGGGAUAUGUCGACAAGUAUGUCAAGGUGUAAAAUACGACUGGCUUGAAAGUGAUUAUGCUCGUUGAUGGAUUAAGAUUGAGAAUAUAUCUAUGUGAAUUUGGGGAAAAUGAUGACGGAGUUGCAGAACUUGUACAUUCCUUUUGAGCUAGGUUUUAUUGUCUGUUUUUUUUUGGUUAUACCUUUUGUGUAUCGUUUUCCUUUAUGAGGAUAUAUAUUAUAUCGGUUGGCAUAUACUUGUUAUGUAGUUUCUAAUACAAAAUCCCGUUUCGCAUGCUUGCUGCCUUCAAUUUCCAUUAUGUGUAUUGUGAGAUCGAUGGCGUGUUUAACAAAUGUUGCAUCUAAACUUGAGUCGAAAUCUUGACGGUGGGAUCUUUUGUAAACUUGACUCUGUCUGAUUUCAAUUAAUGUAGAGCGGAUGGAAGAAAUCGCGUCUUUGCUUGAUUAGAGAUUUCAGUUUCUACAUUGAAAAGUACAUAGGGAGAGGACACAUGCACAAAAUCAAUGCAAGGCUUGGGAUCUUUGAGGCGCUUCCGACCCGGACAAGAAAUGAUUCAUCGGAUUAUUCGUCUGCAUCUUUGGUGGGUAAUAUCAUUUUUUCGGCAUCUGAAACAAUGUACUUCGUCGCAUGCUUACUUAUCUAUUACCAUCCACCACCCUUGUCGGAAUUUGAAAAACUACUCAGCCAGGAAAAAGAAGCUGCUACUGGAAAACAACCCCCGGCACUUUGGUAUGAUACAAUCCCAAUAGAGUAGCUCGAGAGUUUGUAUUUUUUCAAGUUUCUACAAACGAAUGAAUUGUAUCGACAUAGAAAUUUUUUCUCGCACUUGAUGAGGAAUAUCUUUUUAGCGUCUUUCCCGAUUUAAAUACCAAUCUUUAAAGGAAGUAAUAUUGGGGAGUA